AGGUUUCUUCGUGAGGAAAUUCCCCGAAAUUAACGCUGACAAGACCCACACAAUAACCUUAUCGGAUCUACAAAAAGACAAUCGUGACCUCUCGGCUAUCCACGUAUCUACUUACAAUAUGUCUGGUAACUCGAAUGGAUCCGGUCAUUCGAUAGAUCCAGAUGCUGUGAAAGAGAAUGGUUUUGAUCCGAAUGAAACCAAUAGAGGAUUACAGCCAUCUUAUAUAUCUCCUUCAUACACAAACUCUCUAGCGGGACAUCAGACAGAUCGAACAGAAACGCUAGAUAGUGAUCAGAUGCGCGGAGUAAUAUCGUCUGCAUCGCCGGAUAUUCUAAUGCAUGGGCUACACACUACAGAUAUGGUGUCCACUUCUCUUACUGAUAUGAACACACAGCGGGGGGAUACAUCCGGAGACAGAUUCAGACAUAACAACGACCAAUUAGGAAUUGACGAAGAUCGAGACAAGGCAGACAUGGAGAAGCCUGGUCAGAACCCGGAUGUUAACGAGGCGAACAUAUCUGAGACUGUCCUGAUGUCCUCGUCAAUCUCGGCUGUGUUCCUACUGAAUAUGGUGUGCAUUGUUCUCCUGAUAGCCAAUAGACGCCGGAGGAAGAGAAAGAGGGAACAAAAGGCAAGACAGAAGGCUAACGACCGCUCGACAGUGUCGGAGUAUGAGGUGUACCAGUUAGCAUGUCCCUAUGUGACAAUGUCAUCGGGCCCUUAUGUGUCGGCCACAUCCGGGCCUUACGUUUCUACGUCAACCGUCCCGUAUAUAUCCACAGUAAAGAUGGAAAAUUCAUCGAGUGAAAAUGUGACGUCAUCGAGUGGUAACGAGUCUGGCUAUUCAACUCUCCCGGAGACAAGUACAGAAAGUGUGGUUGAUUCACAAGGUUUCGAUUCUCUACGAAUUCCACGACCUCAUGUGAAGAAAGAUGUGAAUAAUAUAUUUGAUGAUACUGACGUGACGUCAUCUAUCGCAACGACGUCAUCAGUGACGUCACGAAAAAGGAGUAGUACAAUGACAUAUACUACUGCCAAAGACAGUGAUAUAAAGUAUUGGUUCUGUGAAAUACCCAGACCAAUUGUGUCGUUUUCUAAGCUAAAACUAAAACAAAAUGUAACAUGGGGAACAUGGCCGAAAUCCGAAUCCAACCCAUACAUUGAUUCAGUAGCGUCCUCAACUGGUAACCAUACCUACGAGGAGAUCAUGCCUAGCAGCACGAGUGAUACAUCUGCAUAAUAAUAAAAGGCAUUAUCUCCCUUGCAGUACAAUAGUAUAACUACUAUUUCAUUUUAAGAAUAAUAAGAAAUAUCAAUGAUAUUGUGAUGUCGAAUUUUAAUAAAUGAAUACAUUUUCUCCGGAUUUCGAGAUAUUGAGAUAUCUAUUGAUAUGCAAAAAAUACGGAGAACCAAAUUCAGAAAGAAAUCAAUUUGAACAUUUCCUCAAAAUAUCUUUUCUGUACUUCCGGCAAAAACAACGGUUUAUGUGUUAUACCUGUUUUGCUUGCCUUUUCAAUGUUUUCUUUUUCAUCCACCACAGGGGUAUAUUUUUGAAAGUUCACAUACAUUGUCCAAUAUGUAUUUUUAUUACAUUUUGAAUGUUACUGUCACGUUUCAAUAUAUCCAGAUUUGUAAUGAUAGAGUUAUUAUUAUGAAUGAUAUAGCAGAUAUGUAAUACUAUUGGAUCAUUAAGCUUUUCCGUAGCGGCUAUUUUGUCGAUCAUAUGAAAUCGUGUGUGUUUGUUAUGUACUUAUAGCCAUCAAAUGAGCUAAUGCUAUGUGCUUUUGUGUAUUCGGGAGAGUAUUGAAAAACAAACCGAAAUAAAAAUAAAGUAGUUGCACAGAAAAUAUUUGCUUUCCGCACAAAAUUUGUGCUUAAGAUUGAUUGAUAGAAAAAAUACAUCCAGUUUUGCCUUCAGACAUACAUUUUAACUUGUAUUGUUCAAUAUAUGUCACAACGGUGUAUUAUUCUGUAUGCUGUAUAACAUUGAUCAUGGUGAGAUCGUUAUUACUGUCAUGAACUUAUUGUGUAUUACUGCUUGUGAUAAGUGUCUGAUAUUAGUGAUUAUGCUGAUUGUGUGACGUGAACAAGUGCUUGUCAUAAGCUUGUGAUGUUAGUGAUUGUGAUGGUCGUGUGAUAUGAAUGAGUGAUUGUGAUGUUCGUGUGAUAUAAAUUAGUGAUUGUGAUGAUCGUGUGAUAUUAACUAUUAUUUGUGAUGAUCGUGUUAUUCGAGUUAGUGAUUGUGAUGAUCGUGUGAUAUGAAUGAGUGAUUGUGAUGUUCGUGUGAUAUGAAUGAGUGAUUGUGAUGUUCGUGUGAUAUGAAUGAGUGAUUGUGAUGAUCGUGUGAUAUUAACUAUUAUUUGUGAUGAUCGUGUUAUUUGAGUUAGUGAUUGUGAUGAUCGUGUGAUAUGAAUUAGUGAUUGUGAUGAUCGUGUGAUAUUAACUAUUAUUUGUGAUGAUCGUGUGAAAUGAACUAGUGCUUGUGAUGAAUUUCGUGAUAUGAAGUAGUAACCAUGUUGCUAGCGUGAUGAUAUGCUUUUGAAUAGUGGUUGUUUUAAGUUUUGCUUCGUUGAUUGUGAAGAUAAAAUUUAAUAAGUAUUUAAUUACUGUGAUACCGUCCUUUACUGUGUUUCCAAAUGGUGAUUUAGUUUGUAUUCCAUUGUGUUGUGAAUUAUCGUUGUUUCGUGCAUUCAAAAGUAUAUAUCUCAUCUGUGAAUAUAUAUUUAUUUAUUUAAAAGAAAUAUAUACAUUUCAUACUUAUGAGAUUACUUCGGCAGAUGGAGGCAAUUAGAUUGCAUUGUAUUGUAUUGUAUUGUAUUGUAUUGUAUUGUUUUGUAUUGUAUUGUUUUGUUUUCUUUUGUAUUGUUUUGUAUUGCAUUGUAUUGUUUUCUAUUGUAUUGUAUUGUUUUGUAUUGCAUUGUUUUGUUUUGUAUUGCAUUGUAUUGUAUUGAUUUGUAUUGUUUUGUAAUGUGUUACUGCCCUUAGGCAAAUAGAUAUAGUGCUCAAUCGGAAUACAUAUGUAAGUAAACAUAAUGAAUGUCUCAUUUUGCAAACUGAAUAUUUAUACAUUAUUCCCUCCGAAGAAUAGCUACAAAAUAUGGAAGGUAUAUUUAAUGUUAAUUAGACUGUGACUAUUCAACACGUGAUAUACAUUGAAAAUUAUGCGCUAAUAUUAGGGGAAAAUCGUUGAAUGCAAUAAAGGCUUAAUUGUAACGGUA